AUGUCAACAUCAAUCUACGGCAUCCCAAUAGAUUCACUUUCACAAAACCAUCGCUUAUACCUUGAUUCAUUAUUUAACAAGCCAAAAACAACAUCAAGACUGAAAGAAUUGCAAAGUGCGAUUUCAUUUUUCAAUCAAUACAAUAUUGGUCCAGAUGUUGGUAAGGCAUGGAGAAAUAAAUAUGCAAGAGAUAUUAAUAUAUCAGUUAUCAUCAAUUUACUCAAAGUAAUCCAACCGAUAACUCAUCUCAAAGUUCACAGAGUUUGCAAAACUUCCUAUCCAUUAUAUGUAUUUAUUUCAAAACAUUAUCAGCAACUCCAGCCAUAUUUGGAGUCUUUCAUAUCAGUAGAAACUAAAUCUGACUACGUCGAAAAUUGUUUACACAGUAAUCCAUUCAAAGCAGCAAUUGAAAUGGUCAGAAGAAAUGGUUAUGAUGUCGAUACAGUUACUGAGGCUUGCCAUUUAGUUGGAAGGCAGCUAUCUUCAUUUUCUGAUAAGCCAGUUGAAACAGUAACUGCUGUUAGAAUGCCAUCCGGUGAGCCAAUAUUUGUUGGCUAUAGCAAAACAUCAUUUGUAAUUAGUUCUCUUGAUCCAAGAUUUGCUGUCCACUCUGAAGUAGUCUCGGCUCCUCAAUCUCCUAUUCCUGAAGCAAAGAUUGAUGAGCUUCCAAGAUGUCUUGACAUCUUUUUCUUACUUAAUCACAAGUAA